CAAUAGCGCGUUCCCAGUCUUUGACAAAGCUCACGAAAGGUCUCGUGCGAUUGAAUUCCAAGCUUGUCAAAUUGAUGGACGGGUAGCCUUAGAAAUGUUCAGCUUUUCCUAAGAAAGAACCCAAAGAUCACUUUCUAUGCGAGGAAGAACCAUUCUUUCCAUACCUUUGAGGUCGAGAUCGAUGAAAACGGUGGGAGUUCUAGCCGUGCUGCUUGUGAGCCUCGCGAGCGUCGCCUCGGGGCGAGUCUACACCAUUCCGGAGAACUGGACAGCCACCAUCCAAGGCCGUGAGCUCCCCGGUUUUGGAAGCUCCGGAAGUUACAUCCUGGUGAGUGCUCCAAGAGAUCUUAACGGCAGCAGCGGCGAGCAAGAGUUCCUCCUGAGCGACAACGGCACCUUUGGGUUAGCUUUCCUCAACUUCAAUGGAACAGGGAACUAUUACCUCUCGCUGGUGAUGGGAGCGACGAACGCCACCGCGGGAGCUCCAAUCUGGACAGCGAAUCGAAGUAAAGCUGUCAGCAACGAGUCCCGUCUCACAAAAACCGCUGGCCAGCUCAAGCUCCUCAAUGGCGAUCUAACCACGGCCUGGUCUCCCUCGGACGAUCAAACCAUCGCGAGCAUUGGCCUCGAUGAAACUGGCAACAUGGUGCUGUAUAACUCGUCCGGAGGAGCAGUCUGGGAGUCCUUCGAUCAUCCAACCGAUGUCUUGCUUCCGGGCCAGCGGCUAGUAACCGGACAGAGAUUUGCAAGCAACUUAAACUCGUCCACCAUGUCGGAAGGAGUCUUCACUGCAACCAUGGAGGCACGGGCCAUUGUCCUGGCUUUCAGUCCUCCUUCCCAAGAGCAGCAGCCUUACUUCCUCUGGAGCUUGGGGCUGCCGUCCACGAUCGACUCGGCAAGAGUUCGCUGCCCCGGCUACGUUGCCGUGCUCCAAUACACAACCGGUGGAGCUGUCAACAUGGCCUACGAGCGGAGCUCCGCGGCUACCACGAGUAGUCCUUGCAAUGCCCCGCUCAACGUAAGUCUCGGGUCAGGGAACAGCAAACGGCAGCUUCGUCUCGAGUCUGAUGGGAACUUGAUCUCGUACAAGUUGCACGAGACUGGGAACUGGGAGACCGAGUUCUUGCUCGCGCAGUUCUUCGGUCAUAGAGCCUGUGAUCUGCCUCUUUCCUGCGGUAGCUAUGGACUUUGCAAUCAAACGGGGCCAUGCGAGUGUAUGGAUAACCGGGCCACGAACAUCACCACCGUAGCUGAGUCCGGCACCUGUGAGAGUCCCAACUGGGCCUCUCGCCUUGCAACCUGCGACACCAGGUACGAGAGUGACUUCGUUGCUCUGUCUGGAGUCCGCUAUUUCACAAACCAGUACACGAGCCCCGAUAGAGUUUCGUCUCCGCUCGAGGAUUGCCUCGAAACGUGCCGGACGAAUUGUUCCUGCUCUGCUCUCUUUUACGAUGGUACCCUGAGAAACUGCUACUUCGUGAGAGAUGUGUCGGGAAGCUUGACGCAAGGGCAAGCAAGUUAUACGGCUUACCUCAAGUUUCAAGACCGCUCCCGGCUGGUGAAAGUAGACACUGGUUCUUCCAGCUCCAGAAAAAAUAUAAUUGUUAUCAGCACCAGCGUUACCGCGGCAACACUGGUCAUCGUGUGCUCACUCCUGCUACUUACGGAGCUCAGACGAAAGCAAGAUGCAGAGAUUGAAAAACUCAUUAGCGCUUUGAAAGGCCCUCCGCAGAGGUUCACGUACAGGAGGCUCACGGUGGCAACGAAAGCCUUCUCCAAGCACCUUGGAACGGGAGGAUUCGGCUCGGUGUAUGAGGGAGUCCUGCGCGACGGGAAAAAGUUGGCAGUCAAGAAGCUCCACUCGAACAAAGGCCAGAAGCAGUUCAUCGCCGAAGUCGCGUCCCUGGGAACGAUAAGUCACGUAAAUAUAGUCAGGCUCUGUGGUUUCUGCGCCGAGCUAUCACACCGCUUACUGGUUUACGAGUUCAUGCCGAAUGGAUCACUGGACAAGUGGAUCUUUCGAAACCAAGAAGCGCCUCUCGACUGGGACCGUCGCUACAGCAUCGCGCUUGGAACAGCUCGGGGACUGGCAUACCUGCACGAAGAGUCAAGAGAACCGAUUAUUCACCUGGACAUAAAACCGCAAAACAUACUCUUGGACGAGAACUUCGAAGCAAAGGUCGGCGACUUUGGAAUGGCGAAGUUGCUGAUGAGCAGGGACGUUACCCAAGUCAUAACAGGAGUCCGAGGAACACCGGGCUACUUAGCUCCAGAAUGGCUGCUUAGUAACACGGCAACGAAAAAAUGCGACGUCUACAGCUAUGGAAUGGUUCUACUAGAGCUGAUUGGCGGGAGGAAGAACUUGGAUCCGGCAAAGAUCGACUCGGAGCUGAGCUUCUUCUUUCCUGCCUGGGCUGUAAAUGAGGUGAAACAAGGACGGCUACUCAGUGUGGUGGAUCCAAAAAUCCGAGAUGGAGUGGACAACCAAGGAGCUGAAAGGAUGGUAAAGGUGGCUUUCUGGUGUAUACAGGAAAAUCCAGCGGACAGGCCUACCAUGGAUGCAGUGAUACAAAUGCUUGAAGGACGGCAAGAGAUCGCAGAGCCACCGUUAAUCUUUCGCUUCGCUGUGGAAGCACCUGGAAUCAUCAGUAUCAAAGCCAGCAGCAAUAGCAUUGCGCUGGGAUAUUGCAAGUCGUCGUGAAAGACAAACCUUUUGGACAA